AUGCCGAAGCCGACGAUGAUGCAGACCAUCCUCAACCGGCCCACCCGCCGAUACAGCACAAACGCCAACGCCUCAUCCACGCCUUCUCCCCGCUCUUCCACCUCUUCUCCCGCACCCGGUCCCGCAACAACAUCCUCAGCGGGACAACAAGAUGCGGCACCGGCGCGGAAGCACUACUACCACUCGACGGCGGAGUACAUGAAACGCGUCGCGCUCCAGGCGCAGCGCGAGUCGGAGGUGUUGGCGGAGAUGGAGGCGCGCAUGGCCGCCGACCCCAGCCCUCGCUCGUCGUCGUCGAGCACGGCAACCAGGACAAGCCACCACGGUCACGGCGACCGCCCGGCAACUGCCACCCGCGCGAGAGCGGCGACAACAUCCGAGGUGCAGCGUGCCCCGCAACGUGUUCCACCUUGGACCCCGGAUCGUGCCCACGUUCACGCACAUAACGGCAGCGGCAGUCGCAAAGCCAAGUCCCCCGUGAAACACGCGCUCGCACCCGAAUAUGACUCGUCCAACUCGAGCUCAACCUCGUCUCUCGUCAUCGUGCGCUCUUCCGACGCCGGUGGCUCGGUACCGCCUUCGCCCCUAAGAUCGGCUCCGGGGUUGGCAUCACUAGGUUCGGCUCCGGGCGACGAGAUCGACUCCGGCCCCGAAUCUGACGACGAAGAAUGGUUCACCGCUCCAUCCUCGCCUGCGACUUCUCUCACUGCCGAAAACGAUGACGACGCGCGCGAGAAGCAGGCUGCAGACGCCAAUGGACCCCCAAGCUCCUUCACGUUCCCGGUGAAGGGCAAGGGCAAAGCAAAAGCGAAGGCUCGCGAUGACGUCGACGACACCCCGCCGCGCUCGUCCGCCUCCACCGCCGGCUCCGCCACCUCCAGCACGAACGACCGCCGCUCUCUCUUCUCCUCCGCGCUCUCGACCUCCACGCACGCUACCACCCCCCUCCACUCCGAUCAAGGCCACCCCCCUCCCCCGCCCACAACCUCCGCGACAACGACGAAAGCGACCAAAUCGGGGGCGCACCGCGGCCUGCGCCGCGUCUCCGCCGUGUCUUCGGUGCCACUGCCUGGCCUCACCCCGCCCGGGCUGACGACGUCCGGGAGCACGACAGCGUCCACGUCGAGCGAGGUCUCCACGCUCGACCUCCCCGUCCCACUCGCGAGGUCUGCCUCUGUCCGCACCUCCAAUGAUAAGAACAAGGGCAAAUCGAACGAUGACGAGAUAGGACAGAAGAAGGAAACGACGAAGGGACAUGAGAAGGAGAAGAAGGGCAAGGAGGAGACGGAACACGAGAAGACGCUCCGCCGCACGCACCGGCGGCGCCACUCGGAGGACCUCACGCCGCAUCGGCAGUCUUGGGACGACGACUGGGCGCGCGACAUCCGCCACCUGCUCUCGCCCCCGUCCGCGAGCGCCUCCGUCUCGCUCGCGAAGACGCCCCGGCGCACGCUGACGCGCUCGUCCUCGCCGUCGCCGGAGCGCACACCCGUGCCCGUCCCGAGCCCGAGCCGGCUUGCCGCCAUAGACGACGACGAGGACCUGUUCCCGCUCCCGUCGCCGACGAUCGACCUCUCCGCCGCGGCGUUCACGCGCCCCGCACCCUCGCCGCUCCCGUCCUCGCCGCCCUCGUCUGCGUCGUCGUUGUCGAGGGUCAGGAGCGGCGCCGGCGCCGGGACGCUGCAGGUUCCGGACCACCCGCCGCCGCCGACGCGGAACCGCUCCGCGCGCGAGCAGGCGGGCCCCGGCAAGACCCGGGUGUCGACGGUAUACGAGGACGAGGACGAGGACGCGUACGUGAGUCAGUCGACCCCGAACCCGCACCGCGCGUCCAACUCGCAUUCGCACCCGCACGCGCUCUCUCAGUCGUCGGCGCACGGGCAGAGGAGGCGGGGCGCCCGGCCGCGCUCGCGCACCUAUUCUUCCUCGUCGUCCUCCGUCCCCGUGAGCGCGACGACGGUGCCGGAGUACGCCGGGCCGGGAGAAGGACAAGGCGGUGGAGGGUACACGGCGCUCGUGCUCCCCCGCGCGGCGUACAAGCCCGGCUCGCCCUCGGACAUCGCCCGCGGCAAGGUCGACCUGACGCGGAGCGGGCAGGCGCAGACGACGAUGGCGACGGUCGAGGUCGUGCAGGGGAUCGGAGCGCACGCGCGGGCGCGCCGGCGGGGGUCGUUCAGCCUGCCGUCGCUCUCGCUCGCCUCGCCGUUUCGUAAGGCGGAGCACCAUGAUAGGGCAGGAGGAGGGAAGGGUGAAGGAGGAGGAGGAGGAGGGGGAGGAGAAACGAGGCUCGCGUUUACGUCCCAUGUGCCACCGCCGUCGUAUGUGCCCCCGUCGGCGGUGCUGGUACAAGUGCAUGCUGUCGCGCUUGACGGUGUGGACGCGCGUUUGGCGAGGGAGAGGGGCGCGGGGUUCGUGCCUGGGCGCGCGGUCGUGGGCCGCGCGGUGGAGUGCGGGAACGAGGUUAGGGAGGAGUGGGUGCGCAAGGGCGAGUGGGUCAUCGGCGUGCUGGACGUGCGGAAGAGCGGCGCCUUGGCAGAGUUUGUGCUCAUCGAGAGGAGGCGCGUGCAUCGCGCGCCGCAGCCGUCCGUGAAGCGGCGUAAUAACCCGGAUGCGGCGUCCCCCACGCCGUCGAUGUCGAGUCUGCUAGCGCAGGGGACGGUGCUGACGACCGAGGCGCUUUCGGUGCUCGCCGGAGCGGGCGUGCAGGCGUACAGGGCUAUGCAGACCUUUCCGAAGGGGCCCGCACCUGGGACCGGAGGCGGAGGAGGCAGUGUGCGCGCGCUUGUGCUCGGCGCGCAGGGGGCCCCGGCGAUGGUUGCCGUGCAGCUCAUGAGGGCAAGAAAGGCGAGGGUGACGGCGGUGGUCCCCCCGGCGGCAAGCGCGGGGGUGGAGGCGAGACUAAGGAGGCUGGGAGGCGAGGAUAUCGAGGUUGUAAGGGGCGAGGUGGGCGAGGUCGUGCAGCGGAUGGCGGGCGAGGAAAGGCGGUUCGAGUUCGUGCUGGAUCUGGCGGGCGGAAGGGAAUUGUGGGAGGCGUGCAAGCCGCUGCUCGCGAGCGCGCGGUGUCGGUGCGCCUCUGCGACAGCGACGGCGGUGGCAGGCACGGCGGUGAACACGUGUCGGUGCGAGGACGAGUGGGGCACGGCACAGUUCACGACGCUCGUGGGCGACCACCCGGAGAAGCCGGUGCCUGGCGCGCAGGAACAGUUCAAGGCGGGCAUGCGGGCGCUCGGGCUGGGCAGGUCCGGGUCGCUGAAGCGCACGCGGAGCGCGAGCCAGGGUAGAGGCCGGCGGUCGGGAGAAGGUCAAGGCCAAGGCGACGGGGAGACAGAGGAGGUGAGGGGCCGGGCGAGCAUGGAAGACGCGGUGAGCGUGGCGUCGUCGUCUGCGGGCAGGAGGAGCCGGUGGGGGCUGAGCAGGAGUCGGAGCCGCCUACGGGCCGCUGCCGCACCCGCCGUUAUGAACGGGAAUGCGAACACUGGCGAGCGUGGAAGGUGGUACCGGCGCAUGGUACACUACGCGUGGAUCAGCGUUGCGGCGGACGUUGACCUCGAGGGUGGGGACGUGCGCGAUGCGUUGGCGGCGAUGCUCGCGCAGGCGCAGGCGCAGGCGGUUGACUUCGGGCUCGCGGAUAAGGACGCGGGCGGCGUCGUCCCGUUUGAACGUGCGCCAGAGCUAUUCGGGGCCGGCGCGGCGCUUUGGAGGGGGGAAGUGGGCGUGGUGAAAGUGAUGGGAUAAGUGUCUCGCAAAACACAAUUGCACAAAACUUGGAAGGCUCUCGACCACAGCUUGGCGUGGUUAUCAGGACUCGGCUGAUGUAGCAAUACGUUGUAUAUUCGUAGCAUAUAUCGUUAUUAUAGAGGAUGUAGUAUAUUAUCUAGUACGUAUAUGAAGGGACG